CUCCUUCAUAUAGCCACUCUUCCACUCAGACAUUUUCACAAGCACGCCCAAGGCGGAGACCUUCCCUCUCGAAGCACGCCCCGGACUGCUGCCACACUCGAGCGCUCUCCAUGGAUGCCGAAUCGUCGCCGUUCGAGAGCAGCGAGAUGCUGGCGAGUUUCCUGGCGUCGACGCCCUUCUUGGAGGCGUCGUGGGGGCUGUGCAGCUUCGCGAACGCCGCCGCCCCGGGGGGCUUCGUGGCGGAGCGGCGCGGCGGGGUCGGGUACCUGGCGUUCUCGAGCGUCCAGGUGAUCGACGGGUCCGAGCCCAGCUGCGGGACCCCGGUGGAGCUGGCCGAGUGGGGAUGCGAGGAUCUGUUCUCGCCGCUGAGGUGCGACGGCGACGGCGACGGCGAGGAGACGGUCAAGGUGGACGCCGGAUUCCUCCGCCUCUUCCUGGAAUUUUACCGGCGACCGGAUUUCCGAAACCAGAUUCAGGAAUUUCUAGGAAAAGUUAAGAUGAUUAUCCUCACUGGCCAUUCCUUUGGAGCAACAACUGCCUCUCUCACUGCUCUUUGGCUCCUCUCCCAUCUCCAGCCAGUCGCUGCUCCCAUCUCAGUCCUCUGCCUCACAUUCGGCACUCCCUUGCUCGGCAACAAGUCCCUUUCCCGAGCCAUUCUCCGAGAAAGAUGGGGUGGGAGCUUCUGUAACGUUGUCUCGAAGCUCGAUGUAAUGCCGAAACUGUUCUUCGCUCCAUUAGCAUCCUUGACUCCUCAACUGCACUUGCUGCUUCAGUUUUGGCAAGUUGCUACGGUUUCACCCAGUUUAGAACAUCUUGUUGGAGAACUGCGAAAACAAAAUUUCGAUGAAUUCUUCAGCAACGUCAAGGAUCGUGUUGAAGAUGCCGCAAAAUCAGAAGGAGAGGCGAAGAACAGUUUGUUUUGGCCAUUGGGAAGCUACCUAUUCUGUUCAGAAGACGGAGCAAUCUGUCUGGAUAAUGCAACGUCUGUUGUUAAGAUGAUGCAUUUGAUGCUCGAGACAGUCUCUCCAGCUUCCAGUUUUGAGGAUCAUCUGAAGUGUUUUGAGGAUCAUCUGAAGUAUAGUUAUUAUACAGGACAACUUUCUUCGCAAUUCCUGAAAAGGAUAAACAUCAACGGCCUCUCCGCAUCAAGCUACGAAGCUGGUGUCUCCUUGGCAUUACAAUCCUCAGGAAUAGAUCCACAGGAUGACAAUAUUUCAAGACCAGCUAAAAAUUGCCUGCAGAUGGCUCGGCACAUGGGACAUGCACCGAACCUGAACAAUGCUCAUCUAGCCAUCAGACUAUCUAAGAUGACGCCCUGCAGGGCACAACUUGAGUGGUACAAGGCACGCUGCGAAGAGCCCGGGGAUCAACUUGGGUACUAUGACACGUUCAAGAAAUUUGGAGCAUCCAGGAGGGAGUCCAAAAUCGACAUGAACCUGUUCACACUCGCCGCAUUCUGGGAUGAAGUCAUAGGCAUGGCAGAACGGAAUGAACUCUCGCACGAUUUCCACCGCAGGUCCAAGUGGAACAAUGCGUCCCAUUUCUAUAUGCUCCUCGCUGAGCCAUUGGAAAUCGCUCGCUAUUACCGUCGUGGUAUGCACCUGGAGAAGGGACAUUACAUUAAGCAUGGAAGGCACAGGAGAUUCCAGAUUUUGGACAGAUGGUGGAGUCGAAGGACUGCUGCUGCAGCGCAAGAACCACAACAAAUUAACAACAAAAGGAGUAGGAGCAGGUACGCGGGCUUGACUCAAGAUUCUUUGUUUUGGGCGAAGGUGGAGGAAGCGACGGACUGGCUCAAGAAUGCAAAAGAGGAAACGGACGCAAAUAAGUUGAAACUUCUUUUGGUGAACUUGAAUUAUUUUGAGGAGUAUGCGGGAAAGCUAAUUGAUAGGAAGGAUGUGUCUAUAGAUGUUCUGGCUAAGAACUCAAGUUACAGAUUAUGGGAUGACGAAUGGAAAGCUUUGAAGUCGAAGUUCCCGCAGCCGCCACCUUCUGAUCCUGCUCCGAGUCUAAUGGAUUGUGAAUAAAGAAAUAUUUAAUACACUCAUCAUUGUUUAUGCCAGAUCUUCAUCUCUGGUGUAAUUGUGUAAUGCAGACAAUACUUCUUGUAGACCAACCCGUAGCACUUGCUCAACACAUGUUCAGGUGCUUCAGGUUGUACACAAGGUAUGGGGGGGAAGAGAAACAUCAUUUUUGUUUGUUUUGUAGUAAAGUGUAUUAACCUGCACAAUAAGGAACUGUCAAACGGGGAAGCUCCCAUUUAUUGCAGCAACAGGGCACAUUACAGUUCGAAUUUUAUUCUACUGGGCCAUCGCCAACUACUGGAA